AUGAAAAUUAGUCAAUAUAUAUUGGGAUUAAGCGAAACAAAGUGGAAGGGAAAAGGUGAGAAGAAUUUGAGAGGAGGAGGAAAACUGUACUUGAGUGGGAAUAACAGGUCUGGUAGAAAUGGUGUGGCAGUGAUGGUGAAUAAGAAUGUGCAAAGCUGUAUUGAAAAUGUGAGAUAUAUAUCAGACAGGAUCAUAAUCUUAAAACUGAGAUUCCAAAAAGAAACACUAAAAGUAAUCCAGAUUUAUGCACCUCAAGUGGGAUGUAGUGAAGAAGAGAAGAUGGACUUUGAAAAUGUGUUAGAAAACCAUAUAGAGAGUGCUAAUAUAGUGAUGGGAGAUUUUAAUGCACAGGUAAGCAAAGACAGAAAGGGAUUUGAGCAAGUAUUGGGAUGUUUUGGAUAUGGAGGCAGAAAUGAAGAAGGGGAAAGACUCCUGGAUUUGUGCCAGAGGAAUGGAAUGAAAAUAGCAAACAGCUGGUUUAUGAAGAGAGAAAGUCAUGUUAUCACUAGAUACAGUUGGGAUGGAAGAACGAAGAGUGUAAUUGAUUAUAUUCUAAUAGAUAGGGAAUGGGGAGAGAAAGUAACAAAUGUGAAGGUAAUUCCAAGUGUGAGUGCAGAUGGAGACUAUAGAGUACUGGUGGGACAAUGGAAAAUGAAUCAGUGUGUGAAAAAUAGAAAACAGAAGAAAGUGAUGAGGAUACGGGAUUGUAAAUUGAAGGAGAGUGAAUGUGCUGAGAAGUACAGAGAAUUAAUAACACAAAAAUUUCCAAAAGAAAUUUUCUGCUAUGUAGAAAAAGAAUGGAGUUUAUUCAAAGACACUUUAGUCAAAGCAGCACAAAAAGUAUGUGGCAGAACAUCUGGAAAGGAAAAAAUAAGACAGACAAGUUGGUGGGAUGAUACCACAAUCCAAGCAGUUAGAAGAAAAAUUCGAGCAUGGAGAAAAUGGUGGAAAACUAAAAAUGACAAAGACCAUAAAAGAUAUAUAGAGGAAAAGAAGAAGUGCAAAGAAAUAGUGGAAACAGCAAAGAAAAAGGCAUGGGAAGAGUUUACAAAAAAAACUUGA